AUGUUUCCUAACAACGCGUUUAUGAACGCUCAUGAGGUUUGUUUUCUGGAAAAGUUGUUUUUGAGUUUUUUUUUUCCAGUACUUCUACUACAAAUUACGUAAUGUAACGGAAGUUGGCAACGCUACAGUGAUAACAGAUAUAACCCCGAUGCAGAGCAAGUUCGAAGCCUAUUUGAUGGUUUUUGGAGGAGUUGCUUGUGUUCUCGGAUCGAUUUUGAAUGUUUUUUCAACCAAAGCGUACGUUGACGUUCAUAAUUUCCUUAUAAUUGUUUUGUUGUGUUUCAGAUUUUCAAAUACAUCUCGAGUUAUGGCUGGCCAUGUUAUGGUUCUAAUUGUUUUGAUUCCCACGAUCGGCUUAACUUUCGUUGAUACCGACAGCGGUUUGAAUAUAAUUUUUUUUUUGUAAAUGUUCGGAGAGUUUAGAUCAAGAAAUGUUUUUCUAUCUUUCCCUGUCGUUAAUUUCUGUGGCUUGCUUUGGCUCUCUGGGGUUGAUGGCAGGUGGCGUUUUGGGGCUUUCCGCACUUUUUCCUGCCAAAUAUGUGAGUUUUUUGCUGAUGAACCUUUUUUCCAAGUUUUUUUUGGAGUUAUAAAAGUUUUUUUCGAAGUUCCUUCUGGUAAAUUGCUUACAAAAACAUACUGAGGCAUCAAAUCCUUUGUUAGGCGCUUUUAAUAACUUCAAGGAAUAUCAAUUAUUCGUGGAAGGUAUUGGAUUGAUUUAUUUAGUUGGCAGUGCAGUGUUCUUUCGGCAAUUGAAUAAUCCUUUUUUGUCUAAAAUAGUCAGACAUUACCUAUUGAGCAUUCCUCGGUGAAUUUUUCAUUGGUUCCAUCACUAAGAAUAACUGCCGAGAUAAACGCGAGACACUGGCGGUACAUUGACGAGCUCGCAAACAUCUCGCAUUUUUUCUCGCGCCGGUCUCGCAUUUUUCUGGGCGCGAGCUCGCAUUUCUCUCGCAUUUUGAAAAUUUCCGAAAUGCAAGAAAAAUGCGAGCUCGCGCCCAGAAAGAUGCGAGAUCGCGCCUAGAAAAAAGCGACAUGUUUGCGAGUUCGUCAAUGUACCGCCACCGACCUCGCGUUUAUCUCGUCAGUUAUUCUUAGUGAUGGGAUGUUUUUCCAGAAAGCGUUGCAAAUUGAUAUAUCCGGACAGUUUUUAUCUAGAAAAAAUUUCCGAAAUGCAAGAUAUCUAGGAUCUCUUAAGUUUUAGUAUCCUGAACAAGGAGAUAUGCAUGUAUCUGCGCACAUGAUCAUCCUACUACUGGGUAAAUUGUUUCAGACGCAAGCCGUGAUGAUUGGACAGUCAUCGGCCGGCGUCUUGGCGGCGCUGCUCAGCAUCUUUUGCCAAGCGGCGACGUCGAACGUCGUCAUGAACGGCCAAUUUUAUUUCGUCUUUUGCAUUGUGUGGACAAUUGGAAGCAUUUUCGUCUACCUUUAUUUGGUGAGGCUGACGCCAACACAAGAAACUGUGGACUACGCAAGGUUCUUUUUGAAAAUUUUCUUUAUUAAUCGCAAAAUAAAAUGAUUUGGAAGGCUUAUAAUCUCCAAUUUGAGGUUGAUUCUCGAUGAAAAUGAAGAAAUAAUUCCGGAACCUGAACCUGCUACUGUGGACGUGAGACAACAGACGAUGCACGUGUUCCGUCAGGUUCGGUGUAAAUAAUUGAGAAGAUCGAGUUUUUUGCUGUUUCAGGCUGGAGUUGAUCUUUUCGCCAUAUCCCUCAUCCUGAUAGUCACCAUCACUGCUUACCCAGCUCUUUCGAGCUUGGUCAGAAGCACUUCUAAGAAUCAUUUGUGGAAUGGUUGGUGGUCGGAUUCUGGAUUAAUUUUCUAUUCAUUGGAAUUUCGCAGAAUACUUCUCUUCUGUCAUUUCGUUCCUGUUGUACAACAUUGGAGAUCUGGUCGGUCGAUCCUGUUCCAGCACGAUUCCUCUGGUACGUUAUUCUAAUUUCGAAAUACGAAAUUGUUGCAUUUUUAUAACUGUAAAAAAAGUUUAGAAGAGAAGGUAGUAAAUCGAAAAUUUUAUCAAGAAAUUGCAAGUAAAGUACACAGGAAGCUUCGUAAACCAAAAAAACAUACAAAAAAAGAGAAUGUUCAUUAUUAUCGUUGAUACAUGUUUUUUUAAUAAUUUUUUUUGGCGGGAAAAAAAUACGAAAAAAAUGCAGAAUCGUGGAGAAAUUUUUAGUGAACUAUGAUAUUUGUUGAUUUUUUUGUCAUUUUUUUGCUCAAAGUUUUUGAAAAAAAUCCUACCAGCUUCUGAUUUUUUUGAAAUAUGACUGUGAAUACUAGGCCAUUAUAUAAUACUUAAAUUUUUGAAAUUUUAAUUUUUUUUUAAACGUUCUUUUGGGCUGGAAAUAUCUGCAAGCUUUUGGUUCAGCUUCAAGUGUACAAAAUGAUCACCGUGACUUAAUUUUUCGGUGGUAGGAAAAAAAAAAACAAGCGAAGUUUUCCAAUUUUUUCGCUAGGAAACUUUCUGACGCCGAAGUUUCCGACUUUUUUUCCUUGUAUUUUUUUCCGUUCAUAAAAAGAUCUAUUAAUGUGUUUUCCUUAUCUUCUGUGUUUACUCAACAAUCAAUUAUCUAUUUUUUACCGGAAAUGAAUGGGUUGCAGCCACGGAAAGUGCUGGUGUCCGUGUCUUUGCUGCGGUUUCUUCUGAUUCCGCUGAUCGCGGCGUGCAACGUCCAGCCGCGCGUUCACACUCACGCGAUGCUGCCCUACGACGGGGUCUUCGUCCUUCUCAUCUUCCUUCUCGCCAUUUCGCACGGCUUUUGCAUCACAAACGCCACCAUCAGCGCCACUAAGUUCAUUUUUUUCCAUUUUGAAUAAUUUUACAUCGCUGCUCAGAUUGAGGAAAAUGUAAAAAAUAUUUUAUAAUAGGAAAUUACUCUGUCAAAACUUUAAAAGGUGUGAAUCAGAAUUAGGGGUUUGACGUGUAACGGUAAACGUUCGAAAACUUUAGUUGAAGCUAGAAAAUGAGAAGAAAUCAGGAAUGAAUAUACUUAGACUCCAGAAUAGUUCCUAAAGGGGCCACUAAAGCUUGUGAAAGUGAACCCCAUAUGGGGUUUUAGUUAGUUGCCGCUAUAGGGGACAUGCUUAUCGAUAAUGUGUACUCUGUGCGAAAAAUUAAAUAAAAAAGGGGUUUUAAAUGAAGAAAGACCCCUAUAGAGAGACCACUUGAGCUUUAGGGGCUAAGGGGUCAGACCCUAAACCCCUAUUAGGACAACUUUGAUCUAACCCCUAUAGGGAUUAAUUUGGAAUUUAGUAGUAGAAUGCAAGCGUUAUGUUUUCGAAAUUUGAAAACGGCAACAAGACGUUUAAAAUCCUCACAAACUGAGUAUAUCUCUAAAUACUGAUUGCUCGAAAACUCUCAUGGUGUGACUUUUUUCUCAUUUUCUAUAUAGAAAAAGUCGUAUUGAUUUUAAACAACCAAGAAAACGACGAAUAUAUAGAAGAAAUUAUUUUAAGUAUCGCCUUCAAAGUAACUGUUGAGCCCAAUAACAUUAUUCUUUUAAGCCUCUAGGUUAUUUUUGUGCUGUAAAAUCUGCUUUAACCCGACAUCUGUCGGAACAGAGUAUAGACGACUAAAAGCUGGAAAAUUCGUUUUUUAAACAGAUAGCCAUCAAAGAAGAUCGAUAAGUUGCAGGUCAAUCGAGGAGAGCAGCCGCGAGUUGGCGGGCAGCGUGACAGCCCUUGUUGGGGUAACUGCCGCCCUGUUAGGUGCUAUUUUCGGGGUUCUGAUUCUCUUGGUCAUAUAGGUACCCCAUGUAUUUUGAAAGUCCCUAUCUUCUGAAGAUAUAUUUCUGUAGGAUGAUCAUCCAUGUAAAUAAAAAAAUUAAGUACUUUCUCAUUUUGUCAACUGUUACUGGUAAUUAACAAAUGAAAAAAUUUCAAAUCCCUUGCCAUUGAAAAGCAUAUCUUUUUUUCCCCACCCUGUGAUCUGUUAUCUAACUUUUUUUUUAAAUGAAAUUUUUUUUGUUAAAGCUUUUCGGUAUUGUUGGAGUUCAAUUUCUCUGUUAUACUGUUCGAAUUAUUUUUGUUCAUCGAAAAUUCAAAGUUUUCAGAAUAAGGUGUUUGAAAUUGUAUGCGUUACAGUCGGCUGGCUAGUAGCCAAGAAGAGGCCGACGAACGUUCCCGAUUGCUACCAAUGCCAGAUUCUGAGGUUCAUUUUCAUGUUCGAUUAGAAAACAAAAUGAUGCUGAAGAAAACUAAUUAAAACUAUAAGGUCUUUCUGUUAGAAGUUAUUUUCUCUAAUAGGUUUAUCCAAAAUCAAUAAACUAUUCUUCUAACUGAUUUUUUCAAAGAUUGGCGUCGAGGGCUCUGACGACGUGUAUCUUCUGCCCUCCGUCUCUUCCAGAUCUUCCUCGAGCUUCAGCAUGACUAGGUAACUAUUUCAUUUCUCAAACUGCUAUCGUUCGAACUUCGAAUGAAUUAUUUCUGGGAUCAGACUAAUUAGUUCGGACUCCUUGAAUUUUUUCAAGUUGACUAGGGAAUGUUCUCCAUUCGCAGUGAGAUUAGAUUCACUAGAUGUAGUUUUUCACGUUGAUUCCAAAUAUGGUCUUAAAAACUGCACUACAGGUCUGUGAAAAAAGUUGAUGGCUCUUAAAAGGUGAAAAUGUCAGUGUCCCCGAUUGAGCUAAUUUUUGGAGGGUUCUUGUCCUUGCUCUCCUGGCCAAGAAAAACCUUUUUUUUCGAAAAAAUUUUUGGAGCCCAGUAUGAUUUUCCAAAGGUCGACACAGCAAAAGUAAGAUACGUUUUUUUUUUUGCAAGGAAAAGUUUAUCAAAACCAAAAAAAAUAAAAUCAACGUAUUGUUCAUUUAUCUUAAAAUUGCUCUACGCCUAGUUUUUUACAUGUGUAUCUAGACUUCGAAAAGGGUUAAAACAUCUAACUAUGAUGUAUCCGGCUUAUGGUCUUAGCAUAGUAAUGAGGAAGAGACUUUAAAAAAAAAGUUAGUGCUUCCUCUGCUGGAUCAGCGUGUUCUAUUCUCUUUCCCGCGCGAGGAAUUAUAUUUCCGUUGAAUUGGGCGGAGUUUUCCCCAAAUGGGAAAGGAACCCUCAUUCACAGAAGAUUCGAGAAAAGACUCUAGUAGUUCUUUGAAAGAACUGCUAUUUGGUUUUUCAGUUGUGAAAAAUCCGCGUUCGAAAGCAGGUUUGUCCAGAUAUGCUCCAGGAAAACCCAAAAAAGUAAGCUGAUUCUCUAGUAGGCGGAGCUUCAGUUGUCAAGGUUUCGGCGCGCCGCCACUUUGCAUCUAUGAAGUUUUCAAUACGUUUUUUUUGGAAAUGUCGCUCAGUUCGUAUUACGCUCAAUUUUUAAUUUGUUUCACUUGCAAAAUCAGAAUGGACAGGCAAUUUAGUGCGUUCCGCGUGAGUCGGUCACGUUUGAAAAGAAAAGAAAAGAAAAGAGAAAGCUGCCUUUUGCUCCACACAAUGGCAAAAAUGACAGCAAAAAACAUAGGUCUUUAAGCGAAGCUGCUCAUUUUGAUCUGAUUACGGUAUUUCUGACGGAAAGAAAAUGUGACAAGCUGGCGCGGAAUGGGGAAAAUACUGUUUUUUUCUCAUCGAUGCGGUACAAAUUUCCUCUGAGUUGUGAAUAACCGUAUUUACUCUAUUCUUACUCACCCCGAGACGCAAUGAAGACGUCGUUGUUUAUCCAUUUAUUGGGUCGAGUGCCGAUUGAAGAAUCCGACAUAAGAUCAUAAAUCUUUAUAUUCACUAAGCAGCGAUACCUGUUCAAAUUGCACUAGACUAUAAUUAGACCUAAUUACAAGUUUCUCAGCACAGCUUUGCUUUUUCCAUCUCCUGACGUAGGAACAGAAAAGCUAAGGAAGUCUGUUAUCUCAACAUUUUAUUCUUUAGUCAUGAAUAUUUCCCUCCUCUUCAUCUCCCAAUAAUCUAUUGUGCAGAAUCUAUUUAUCGUAUGUGUGUUUUGCGGUUUGUGUGUGUUGUGUGUGUGAAUCAAACCGGCGAUUGGAAUUGAUUUUCGUCGCGCUCGGAGCUCGUUUUCCUGUCCUGAAGUUCACUGCACUUUCAACCUCCAUUUCCGUUUUCGACUACUUUUGUAGAAAUAACAUUUUCUUUUUAAUACCUGCCUGAAUAUUUUAAAAAAGGAUCAUGUACAAAUUACUACUGCCUUUUUGCUAGAAAUAUAUAUGUGAAAUUUAUUUAGUUUUUUUUAGAAGUAAAGUGAAAUACUUUGAUUAUGUCGCUCCAGAAACUAAAUUUGCCGAUGUCAAUCUGCUUAUUCAUUGAAUUGUCGCGGUUUCCUGCGUUUUGAAGUAUUUCCCAAAGAGCACCUUGGGUUCAGUAAGGGAGAGCCUCGAAGACUCGGAUGUCUGCAUGACGAAUGAAGGAUUCGAGGCCGCCUCGGAGACGUCGUCGGUGGUCUUUUCGGCCGACAAAGACGCCUCCUUUGGCGUGAGAUUCGGUGCCGACGUUUCCAACAAGCCUAAAGUCUUCUCAUUCCGGAGUUUUUCUGAUUCCACCACCUUGUGAGUUUUGUCCCAUAUCACGUAACUGAUGGACGUAAGGCUUUUUUCUUUUUCAUCGAAGGUUUUGCCUUCUGAAUUUUGACUCUCUUCAAAUCAAAAUCGUCGUUACUUUAUUACUACUAAAUUUUUUCUACCUGUGCUAACAAACGCGUUAGUUUUCAUGUCUCGCUUCUAGACAGCUCCACCAUUUCGAGAAGCAUGCUUGUGCUAGUGUAAGGCCGACAAGAUUCAGAAGGUUUUCCGAACAAUGAUUUUUUCAUUUUUUUUAGCAGUUUCCGGCAAGUCUGUAAUGCUCAGAACUGAGUUUUCAUUUUUCUCAUAAGAAUGAAGUUUGAUUUUUUUGAGUGUAUUUUUCGGGAAACUCCUUGAGAACUUAAAAAAAAAAUUGAAAGUAUAAAAAUUUGUUGCUGAAACUUUCAAAGUUAAUGCCGGGGCAUUGGAAAGAGAAAGAGAUUCGAAGACUCUUAGUUCAAAAAAGAGUUUUAAUGAUAAAGUAACUAAUGGAUUACACCUGGCGGAAUUGAAAAAAGAAUCAAACGAACUUUGUGAUUGUCCAAACGACAGAGCUUCCUCAGAUGCUGUCGGUCGCUCUUUUCGCGCCGUCGAGUGCUCCACUCGCGGACCGUCCGCGUCGGCUAUGGACCCAUCGGCCAGGACAACGCCGGCUCCUUUCCUCCAAACAAAGUGUGCAACCAGAAGUACAACAUCUUCAGUUUCGUACCCUUGGUUCGUCUCCUUGUUUUCCCACUCUUCAUGAUUGAAAAUUCCAGGUGCUUUUCCAACAGUUCAAGUUCUUUCUGAACCUUUAUUUCUUACUUAUGGCUUGUUCACAGUUCAUUCCAGCCAUUCAGAUCGGCGCUCCGAUCACUUAUUGGGGCCCUUUGGUGAGAUCAUCAUGUCAACCAAAAGAAACUCAAUUUUCACAGGGCUUCGUUCUGACGAUCACUUUGAUAAGAGAAGCCUUCGAUGAUUUUGUCAGAUUCAUCCGUGAUAAAGAGCUGAACGGCGAGAAAUACGAGAAGUUGACGAGGGACGGCACUCGAGUCCACGUCAAGAGCUGGUUUGCUCGGGGCAAUAUUUUCCCUGCAAUAUUUUCGACGUCAUUCAGUGACAUCGAAGUCGGCGACGUGAUAGUGAUACACAAAGAUCGACGAGUACCUGCAGACGUCGUUCUGCUGCGAACGACUGACAAGUCGGGAGCCUGUUUCAUCCGAACCGACCAGCUCGACGGCGAAACCGACUGGAAACUACGAAUUCCCAUUCCCUUCACUCAACAUUUGUCCAACGAAGCUGUGAGAGCUCAUUGAGUGGAAAAAAACUGAACUAAUUUGCAGGAAAUAAUGGAAAUAAACUGUGAAGUGUACGCUGAAAAGCCGCAGAAAGAUAUUCACGCUUUCGUUGGCACAAUGAAGGUAGGUCCUAGGAUUCUAUCAAUCGAUAAAAAAAUAAAUUUUAUAUAAAAAGAGAAUUACAUUUAAACCUAUAUAGGCAGUAAAAACGAACAUCGUGAUAAAUUUGCCAUUUUGUAAAGCUCUUUGCCUGUCGAACGGUAUAUUUGAAAAUGUACAGAAGCUCCCGAAAAUAGGACAAUUCUAAGAACGAUUUCAGUACUCUCAAGUGAUCCUAGAAUUGCCCAGAAACGUUCGGAUCACGUCUGUUUCGCGUUACCAAUGUCCGAGUGAGCUUUUUUUCAACUAGAUCGUUCGAUUCGCAAUGAAAAGCUCUACAAGAUUCCUUUUUUUUUUUACCUCGAACUACGUUUUCUACUGCCCCUUUGUCUUUGAGAAUUUAAAAUCGGUCACCGACGUUUCAGAUCAUGAACGAGGACCAGGUACAAGAUGGAUCUUUGAACGUGGAGAACGUUCUGUGGGCAAACACGGUUGUGGCCAGUGGAACUGCAGUUGGAAUCGUCGUUUACACGGGCCGCGAGACCCGUUCCGUCAUGAACACGACGCUCCCGGAGAGCAAAGUCGGACUCUUGGAUCUGGAGGUUCGGGACCCCGGCCGGUAUCCAACUCGUGUCCAUCCAGGUCAACAACCUCACCAAGCUCCUCUUCAUCUUCGUCGUCGUCCUCGCCUCGGUAAUGGUUGUGAUGAAGGGGCUCGACAGUCUUUGGUACCGGUACUUGAUGCGAUUCAUCUUGCUCUUCUCCUACAUCAUCCCCAUUUCUCUGCGUGUCAACCUGGAUAUGGCCAAGGUUUCUUUCUAAGAAAAUCAUCCCUACCAAUAUGUUUGUUCUAGCUCUUCUUCUCGUGGCAAAUCGGCCGAGACAAGCACAUUCCGGAGACCGUAGUGCGUUCCUCAACGAUUCCAGAAGAGCUCGGCAGAAUUUCGUUCCUGCUGUCCGACAAGACAGGAACGUUGACGAAAAAUGAGAUGCACUUCAAAAAGGUUUGCCCGAACUCUAUUCUGGCAAGGGAAGAGAUAACUAAGGAACUUUUUUUUAUUCAAAAACCCGAAUUAGCGCUUUUUUGGCCUAAUUUGCUUAUUUUGCACACUUCAGCUCCACAACUCGAAAACGAGAUCUAUUAUUUUAUGCUAGUCAGUACAUUUUUUUUCGAAAACAUUGCAUUUAUUUUUCCAUUUCUACCAUGAAAACUUUGAAAAGCUGUAGUAAAGCGCCGAGUAAAAUGAACCUCCGAAAAAAUUCUGAACUCAGAAUUCGUUAGCCAAGCAGUUGCGGACAUAAUAGACAGGGAAAUUUGUGAUUUUUACUCCCUGAAUCUGGCCAAAUGUCUUUGCACCCUUUUUCAAAAAUAUAAAAUCAUUCCCACCCGCCUCAAUGCGACUAAUUUUUUCAUAGUUUGAUGAGAGGAGAGAAGAAAAAAGAAGUUCUUAAGUGAAGGUAAAUUCAGAUCCACCUCGGGACAGUCUCAUUCAGUUGCGACGCCUUCGAGGAAGUGGCGCAACACGUGGCGAGCGCAUAUGCGGGUCGACUUGCCAGGUUUUGGAGACCGCCUCGAGCUUUUCGAAGGAAAACAUUCAGACAUUCGUUCUCCGCCAAGUUGCAGACGGCAGUCGAAGCGAUCGCCUUGUGCCACAACGUCACUCCGAUCAUGGAGAACGGCUGUGUCUCGUACCAAGCUGCGAGUCCUGACGAGGUUAGCUCCUGAUCAAACUUCGAAUAAUCCUCUUCUUCACGAAUAAUGCUGAUUUAUAGAUCGUCGAUCUCACUUUUCUCAAUCUUCCCUGAGCAAGAAAGCCUUCAUUUUUCCGAAUAUUUUCAUAUUCAAACAAAAGUAAAAAAAUAAAAAACGAGCGAAUUUUUUUAUUUCUGAGAAUCAUCAACUUUUUUUAAACUCACUAUCUUGGUUCCUCGAUCAGUUACAGCUCUGAUCAAAAAAAUGCAUAUUUGGGUUUUUCAAACAAAAAAAGGCAAACGGAAACGUCAUAAUUAAGUUUAUUGUAUAUUUAUACCAAUUUUUUUCCUUUAAAGUUCCUUUUUUUCCGAAUGAUGAAGAAUUUGAAUAAACGGAAUGAAGAAGAUACACGGAUUGAGCUUUUUAUUUUAAUUUUGUUUUUGCUGGAUCUCCUUUUUCUUUUUUUUUUCAAUGAAUCAGAUGCAUAAUCUUUUUUUCAUCAAUAUAUUUUCAAGGUCGCGCUCGUGAAAUGGACUGAAACCGUUGGAGUUCGACUUGUUAGCCGCGAUUUGCAUUCGAUUCAACUGAGCAUCACUAUUCCCGGUCAGGAAGCGGUGACGAAACAAUUUCAAGUUUUGGAGAUUUCCUAUGAAAAAUUGUUAGAAUGAACUCAGAUCCUGCACAUGUUCCCGUUCACAAGCGAGUCGAAACGUAUGGGAAUCAUCGUGAGGGUUCGUUUGACUUUUGGGUUUCCGAACAAACGAAGCGGUUGAGGACGGGACGACGGACGAAGUGAGUCUUCUGAUGAAAGGCGCCGACACGGUGAUGGCUGGCAUGGUGCAGUACAACGACUGGCUCGACGAGGAGUGCAGCAACAUGGCCCGCGAAGGUUCCAGUCGUCUUUAUCUUUAACAGUCUCAAUUUCUCAGAUUGAUAAUACUUAUCAGACAUUUAUAGUCUUCUGAAUCCGAUUAGGAUCCCUUUUUUGAGUCUGAGUCUGAGCUUGAAAAUUGAAACAGAGCAGAUCUGUAAAGAAGACAUUUAUUUCGAUGUGAUCGACUAGGAAGCCCGCAAGAACUUUUGAAGUUAUUUCAAAACGGCUUUGCGGAGCUAGAAGUCCAAAAGUGUAGUUUAUCAAAGUGAAAGUACGGUCUUACGGUCCUUCGCUUCGUCCUUCUGUGCAUAGUCCAUCCAGUCGCAACUUGACGAGCUUAAAAUUUAGUGGAUCUUGUGCUGGAGCCAGGAGACCGUCCUCAGGUGGAAGCCUCGGGAAGGAUGGACGCUAAAAUUGGAAAAUAAAUAUUCUCCAUUGAACUUUUGCUUUCGAAAGCUGCAAUUUAACAGAUUUCCUAGUACUCGUCGAUCUUGAACUUUUUUCAUUGUGAUUUUGAUGAUUUACAUUUUUCGGCUCAACUUUCUGAUAUGUUAUUUCAAUCUUUCAAUUUACUAGUCAAUGUACCAUUACACGAGAUCUUCUUAUCUAUUCCUCUAAAACUCGAACAAUGUUUUAUGUAUUCUCCUAAGUUCUAUAUCCAUGUGAACUCGUUAAGGUUCACGCUAAAAUCAAGUAGAAAGAAUCAUUUGAACAUUUUUGAUGAUCACAUUUUGCAGGCCUGCGAACUUUGGUAGUGGCGAAGAAGCCGCUGUCGCACACCGAGCUCGAGGCGUUCGACAGGGCCUACCACUCGGCGAAAAUGUCGAUCAGCGACCGUAGCCAGAACAUGGCGUGUGUGGUGAACCGGAUGCUCGAGAAGGACCUCCAGUUGCUAUGUCUGACGGGAGUCGAGGACCGCCUCCAGGUAUCGGACUUUUUUAUUUUAUUUUCCUCAACCUUUUUAACCGGAACAAAGUUUUGUUUUUGAAGAAAGUUCAUACCGAUGGCUCUGUAUUUUCAGACCUAUGUAAAAGUCUUCCUGUGGGCUCUUAGGCGUCACUAAAUUGUCAUCUUUCUCAGGACCAAGUAACAACUUCCCUGGAACUGCUGCGCAACGCCGGAAUCAAGAUCUGGAUGUUGACCGGCGACAAGCUCGAGACGGCGAUCUGCAUCGCCAAGUCUAGUGGCCUCUUCUCUCGCAGCGACAACGUCCACGUCUUCGGCAAUGUCCAUAACCGCACUGACGCCCACAAUGAACUGAACAACCUGCGAAGGUUCCAACCAUUUCGGGACACGCAAAAUGGAAAUUUACAGAAAAAGCGACGUCGCCCUGGUGAUGCCGGGCUCAGCCCUCAACGUCUGUCUUCAGUACUAUGAGGCCGAAGUGGCCGAGCUCGUCUGUGCUUGCACGGCCGUUGUCUGCUGUCGCUGCUCUCCGGAACAGAAAGCGCAGAUUGUCCAGCUGCUCAAAAAGGUUUCGUUUCGAACCUCUGUUUCCUAAACUCUUCUUGUUUCGGUUUGAUUUUCACAAAAUUAGAACUUUUCCUUUUUAUAAAGCUGCUGGUCAUUGAAUAUUUCCUUUUCGGGCAUUAAUGUUAAAACUUUAUACGAAAACCGCGACUUUGGUCACAAUUUUCUUGUAAGGAGUUCCAUAUUCCGGAAAGUUUAUGAAGCGCCGUUUUUUUUUCAGAGUGCUGAAGCUUCAUCAGAGUGUUAAAAAUAUCAGCCAUCACAACCUCAGAAGUUUUCAGAAAGAUUAAAUUACUUACAAGAAAUUUAUGACCGAAAACCCCCGUUUUUUUUUUCGUAUCUUUUCUGACGGUACUGUAUAAGGUUUCUUUUUAUUCAUUUUCAACUGCUUUUAUUUUUUAUCAAAAUAAUAAUUAAAUACAGUAGAAAGUUUUAUUUCAUCAUUUUUUUAAGUACCGAGCUCCGCUACGCGUUGCUGCAAUCGGCGACGGAGGAAAUGACGUGAGUAUGAUCCAGGCGGCCCAUGCCGGAAUCGGGAUCGACGCCAACGAAGGUUCUUCCAUUUUCACUCUUUCCUCUUCGAAACUAUUUCCAAUUUCGAGUGUUACCUUAUUAGGAGACCUAGUUAGUUAGGGUGGAAUGACUGGAAAUUCAUAUAUAAAUCCUGUUUUGUACGGCGGAGCUCCGAAAUUUUAAGUUUAAUUUUUAAGGAGCUCCGAAAUUUUCAAGUUUUAAUUUUUAAGGAGCUCCGAAAUUUUUAAGUUUUUAUUUUUAAGGAUUUCCGAAAUUUUUUUAAUUUUUUUAAGUAUACGGCUUUCAUACGAACGAAAAACAGACAGAGUAGCUUGAAGCUCGAUAAAUUUUAAUUCCAUAAACAUUUCUACAAAAACAGGAAAACAAGCGUCUUUGGCUGCGGACUUCUCCAUCACGCAGUUUUCUCACGUCUGUCGGCUCCUCCUUGUCCAUGGACGCUUCUGCUACAAACGCUCCUGUGCCCUCUCACAGUUCGUAAUGCAUCGGUUCGUCUCUCGAUUUUUGUAUCAGUUUUUAUUAUUCAUCUUCCAGUGGUUUGAUAAUUUCGACGAUGCAAGCCAUUUUCUCCUGCGUCUUCUACUUUGCCUCCGUUUCGUUGUACCAAGGCGUACUGAUGGUUGCGUAAGUUUUAAUCGCUGUCAUAAGUUUCAAAAAUACUUUUUUAGUUGAAAAGUGCUCUUGUUUUUCUUUCUCAUACGAUUGUUGCCAUGAGCACUUCAAAAUUUUCUCCAAGAAAGUCGCAAAAAGUAUAUUGGGAUAUUGAAUUUCUCAAAAUGGCUGGAUAUGUUCAACCUUUUUUCAACAGUUGAUCUGUUAAGAAAUGCUCAAAUGUUGAUUGUCAACCAGUUUUGAAAAUAAAACUUGGCUUGAAAUUUCUGGCGCUGAACUGUUAAAAAAGUUUUCUUUGAACUUUCGACAUCAAAACAAUUCAAAAGGUUGAAAGUUUCAUUUUGAAGACACCUUACAUGCUGGCCAGGAUGCCGUAUCCGGGUUUUUUUUUUGGCUGUUUGAGUCCCAGUUGGGCUAAAAUGAGGAACAACGGGUGUAAGAAAGAAUAAGGGAACCAGCUGUUUAUUUCAAAAAUCUGUGACCCAACUGUGCUUAGGCGGUGCCUCAGCUGGGGUAAAAAGUGUUAAAAGUUGUGCAUAUACGGGAAUAACACGGGUGCUCCCGCUGAGACUCCGCGUUAGCCCGGCUCGGCCACCCUCAUCAGCAGGAGGGACUGUGAACUCCUGUCAGAAAAGGUGGCGCUAGACCGCAUCUCCUGAAGAGAGCCUUGUCGCGGACGAAAACGGCUUUUUCUGGGGUAAAAAGUGUCAAAAAUUGUGCUUAUACUGGUGCACCCGCUGAGACCCCGUUUUAGCCCGGCUGGGCUGACUUCAUUGGCAGAAGAGACUAUGAACUCUUGUCAGAAAAAGUGUAGCUAGACCCCCUUUUGGAAAGCCUUGUCGCAGACGAAAAUUGUUGUUUUGCAGCUACUCGACCUGCUACACCAUGCUGCCGGUUUUCUCUCUGGUGGUCGAUCGCGACGUGACCGCCAGCAACGCUCUCACCUACCCCGAACUCUACAAGGAACUCGGCAAAGGCAGAUCCCUCUCCUACAAGACUUUCUGCAUCUGGGUCCUCAUAUCUCUCUACCAAGGUUAGAUAUAUUCGUUUUGUCAUGCCUCGAAGCACUUGACUACUAGGAAAAAAAAAAAUAAAUUUUUGAGGUUAUAUUUAGGACUUUGAGCUUUGGUUCAAUCUCUCAACUUCUUGAGGUUCAUAUUUACUACUUUUACUGUAUAUUUACUAAUAUUUAGAGCUUGAACCGAAGGCAAGAGUAAUCAGUUUGAAAUGACCUAUCUUUUUUCGCCGUUUUUCUCCGUUUUCUUGAAAAAAACUGCAUUACAGGAGCUGUCAUAAUGUACGGAGCCUUGCUGGUGUUCGACGCGGACUUCAUCCAUGUCGUUUCCAUCUCCUUCUCGGCUCUCAUUGUCACUGAGCUCAUAAUGGUGGCCAUGACUGUCCACACUUGGCACUGGGCCAUGCUUCUCGCACAGGUUCAUACUUCAUUUUAAAUUGGAAUCAAUAUCGAAACAAUUUUUUUUAGCUUAGAAGAGGGCUAAGAAGUCCCUCCAAGGGGCUCUAAGGUUGCCCCUAUAGGGACCACUCUGAAGUUUCUAAGUAAUAUAAAUUUCUCAUAAUGGAUUAUCAUAACCCUUUCACAAUAAAAUGAGGAGAAUAUGCAAAAUAAUGGCUUUCUGAAUACAGGCGCUGUCGCUUGGCCUGUACAUGAUAUCGCUGGUGAUCUUCGACCAGUACUUCGACCGCUCGUUCGUCCUUUCCUGGAUGUUCUUGUCGAAAACGACGGCUAUCACCAUGAUAUCUUGCCUUCCGCUCUAUAUCAUCAAAGCCUUGAGGAGGAAGUUCUCGCCACCUGCCUACGCCAAAGUCAACUGA